AUGCUCGAAAUCAUUCAUGGCCACUUCGAUCGCGUACCGUUCAGCCUGAGAGUUCGCAGGCUUUAUGACCUUCUCGUCCUCUGUAACAAAUACGAUGUGCUGUCCCUUCUGCGACCUUGGAGUUGGCACUGGCUGAGCGCGAUGCGCUCGACCCUGGAUGAGCCGUAUGUGCUCUGGGUCGCUUGGGAAAUGGGCGACGUCUUGCUGUUCCGCGACAUGGUGGUCAGGAUAGCUGAGGGCGUGCCGAUUUCGGCUCUCAACAACCCAAAUGUGAUGGGGGUGCAGUAUGGAAAACAACGGAUGCACUGGACACCUCAAAGUGGCCAGAUUAACGAGUUUCUGAUGAUUCCACUUGAUUGUCUCCAGAACAUGAGCGUAGAUGAUCUUUCAGACCUCAUUUCUCUUACUCGUCUCAUGUUGAUCGAAGCUGCUGUCAAGCCUUACCGCACUAUUCUAUCACAGAUGAAGAGCAAGACUCACUCCUCGAACCAGAAUGCAAUCAAAAACAAUUGCGUAAAGAACUGCAUUCCGAGCGGCGUCGGUUCUUUGGUUCUGGCGGGCAUGACAGACAAUUUCAAUAUCUGGGACCCUCGACUACCUUUUAACUUCACAGGGCACUUGAAGCUGAUUGUGGACCAUCUCGCUGGAAUCAAGAUUACUAUUCCGCAAGGAUGUGGGAACUGUCUCAAGAUGUUCUCAGAUGAGCUGACAAAUGCACGCAGUGUGAUGACAGCAGCCAUCAAGUGCAUAGCUCCCCUCUCAAAGGACCAGCAAGCGCAUCUCGAAAAACGGGCCUUUCAACUUGGAUUGAGAGUAGAAGACGUCGCGGAUAAGGGCGCGAUGCACAUAUGGUACGCAUCUGACAACUGA